AUGUACAGCCACUCCCCAGCCAACGCCGGCCGCGGCUCGCGGGGGAGAAGAGGUGCCCAGCGCUGCCAGGGAAGGGGCACAGGCGGGACCCCAAGGCCCUCAUCUGCCCACUCUGGUAGCCCCUCGGCACUGGGACAGCGGUCGUCGUGCCCCCAGAACGCGGCACGGGAGCGGAGCCGGGUGCAGGCGCUGCGCAGGGCGUUCCUGGCGUUGCAGGCAGCCCUGCCCGCCGUACCCUCCGGCACCAAGCUCUCCAAGCUCGACGUCCUCCUCCUGGCUACCAGCCACAUCGCUCACUUAAGCCACGCACUGGGCCGCGGACCCCCCCCACCCUCCCACCCGCCCCGCAGACGCUCGCUCCUAUACCCGCUGAAGAAGUGGCCGAUGCGCUCCCACCUCUAUGCCGGCCCUUGCUGGGGGGGCGGCUCUGCUCCUCCCGCGGCCUCUGCAGUCCCUGGCAGCCAGGAGCAUACGGGCUGGGAUACAGGGCUGGCAAUGGGGCAAGGCCCCCACUGA